ACUCCACCAAGUCCUUACACACACAAACUACGCCACGGCGAACCGUCCGCCGUCGACGCCGACGACCUGCCCCGUGAUCCAGGACGCGUCCCCGGACAGGAGGAAGUCCGCGAGCGCCGCGAGGUCGUCGGGCUCGCCGAGCCGCCCGAGCGGGUGCGCCUUCGCGAGCGCCGCCGCGAUCGCCUCCUUCUCCAUCAUCGGCGCGGCCAUGGCCGACCGCGACAGCGACGGCGCGACGGCGUUGAAGCGCACGCCGCUCGCGGCGUACUCGGCGGCGAGCGCGCGCGUCAGGCCCUCGACGGCGCCCUUCGCGGCGCUCACGACGGCGUGGUUCGGGAGGCCCUGCUGAACGGCGAUCGUCGAGAAGAGGACGCACGCGCCCUUGUUCUUUUUCAGAGGCUUCUCGAUGGCUUUCAAGACUUCGACGGCGCUCAACGUGUUCAAGUCGAAGGCCUCGCGAAAGUCGGCCAACGACGCGCGCCGCACCGGCUUCAGCGUGAUGCUUCCGGCGCAGUACGCGUACGCCGCGAGGCUCGACAUGUCCGCGUCCGCACCCUUGAACGCCGCAGCAAUCGACUCUGGCUCGGAACAGUCGGCGACGAGAAUCGGCGCGUUGCCGUGCUCCUUGGCGAGCGCGUCCAGCUUGUCGGCCGAGCGCCCAACGAGGAGUGGCACGCCACCACGCUUCACAACGCGUUGCGCGAGGGCCCGUCCGACCGCACCGGUGGCUCCCACGAUGGCGUGGGUUGCCGCCGCCAUUUUGCUCUAGCUGUUUCGAUUAAUAGGGAUCGAUGCGCUGCUAUGAGCACGCAAGUUGCAAAAUUAGCUGGCAGGCUGCACAAACGCUCUCAGGCUGACCGAGCCCCGUGCGCAGCUCUACGACGGGGUGGUUGCCGUAGGCGUCGUUUCUCGUGCCCAAUAGCACCACUCGACACGCUGCACUGGCAAACCGCGCGAGCCCGGCGCUGUGCACCACACCUAAGAGCCUUCAGCCAUGCGCAAGCUUGCGGCCUACACCGUGGUAAGGCUCGCCUCGGCCCUCUCCUGGAAGCCGCCGCCGCACCGCGUCCGCGAGCUCUUCCCGGCGACCGCGGACGCGACGGCCCGCAACGCGGACGCGGACGCCGUCUUCGUCGUGACCGGCGCGAGCGGCGGCAUCGGCUCGACGAUCGUCGAGCAGCUCCACGAGCGCACGGCGGGGACGGUCUACGCGUGCUGCCGCGACCCGAGCCGGGCGCCGGCGCUGGACCGCGUGCGGCCCAUAAAAUUGGACGUUCGCGACGAUGCCAGCAUCGAGGCGCUGCCUGCGGCCGUCGGCGACCGCGUAGACGCGCUCUGGAACGUGGGAGGUGUGCUGCACGAGGGCGAACGGGGCCCGGAGCGGUCGCUCGACGCGGUCGACCGCGAGUGGUUGCUCAAAAGCGUCGACGUGAAUUGCGCGGGCCCGAUCCUUGUCACGAAGGCCCUACGGAAAGCAUUGCAC